AUGACCGCUUUACGAAUGAACAACAAAAACCAAACAACUUUAGAAACAUCACCGUCACCGUCACCAUCACCAUCACCAUCACCAUCACUGUCGCCAACACCGUCACCAUCACCAUCAACUUCACCAUCGCCAUCAUCAGUACCAUCGGCAACGUCACCGGCAACAGUAACAACAACAAAUAUAUUAUCAGCAUCAACAACAGAAUUCAUAUCAUUGGAUUGCAGCGGCCAACGCAUCAGCAUUAACAUGAGUAACGGCAUUGGUAUCGGCAUCGGCAUCGGCAUUGGUAGAUCAAUGAAGCUUAAGCAUCUUCAUUUAAUGCAGCUGCAACAAUAUAUGAUGCUGUGCUGUGUCAUUUUUGGAUUACUGUGUCUGUGCAUUUGUGUAAGCGGGCAAAUAGAUGGAUAUAUAGCUGGUGUAGAUUAUCCGGCUUAUGAGGCGGUACCGAAAGGCCUAUCAUUUAAAUGCCAGGGACGUUUACCCGGCUAUUAUGCUGACAUUGAGACUCGAUGUCAGGUUUGGCAUUGGUGUUUACACUCAGGUCAUCAAUAUUCGUUUUUAUGUCCAAAUGGUACCGUAUUCAAUCAGGCAGUACGUGUUUGCGAUUGGUGGUCCAAUGUAAAUUGUCCAGGCUCGGAACAAUUAUAUGAAAAUAAUGAUGAACUUUAUCAAGCUACAGAACCGCAUGCAGGAAGUAAUAUUUGAUAUAAGGUCCAACAUAGCAAUCAAUUGAAUGAUUACAAUAAAUAUCAAAAAUCAAUAGCAAUAAAUAACCAGGAAAUGUCAUUGACCUUAACUCGACCAUCAAAACAACAUCAGCACCAACAGCAGCAGCAGGAACAACAACGGCAAAGACAGCAACAAGAACGUUUAUCAUUAGAAUUGCAACCACCAGAAUUACCGCAGCAGCAUCAAACAUUAAGAACAACAACCGAAAUAGCAAUAGCAGCCAUGGCAUUGGCACCAGCAACCAAUACUCGUUUAAGUACCAAAAAUAAUUUUAGAGGCAAUAUUAAAUACGCUCUUAGCCAAAGCAAACAGCAGCCGCAGCAGCAGCAGCAGCAGCAACAGCAGCAACAACAACAACAACAACAACAACACCAACAACAACAACAAUAUAGUAACAAUAAAUCUAAGAAUAAUGGCGGCAAUCAAUUACUUAAAGGCUAUCAAAAGCAAGAGCAACAGCAACAACAACAACAACAACAACAUAGUACACCCUAUAGCUCAAUAAAUGCGAAUAAUUUCAAUAAAUCCGAAUCUUACCGUCGACCGCAUCACACUACUAACAUUAAUAUUAAUAGCACAACAACAACAUCAACGACAACAAAAGCAAUUAAGACAAAUGCAUGCAUUAAAAAACAAUCGUAG